AUGCCGGCUCACAGACACAGCCGAUCAUCCCUUCGCACCAGUGCUGCAGCGAUCGCUUCUGCCACACUCAUUGCUGGUGGCCUAGCAGGGCUGGGAUAUGGCGUUUAUCGCAUGGUGCGUAACUACCAAUUCCAUGUUAGCCCCUACAAGGUCCUUCAGCAUGCCAUCGCCUCUGAUGUUGAGAAACAGCAGAUACUAGUCCUUGAGGACAGUAUUGCACGCACACAUUACACCGUCCAGACCCUCAGCACAGAUGAGGAAAAAGAGGAGGCCGUUGUACAGAUACUCUCCAAUGCAUCCGUCCGUGCUUUAGCCGUUCCUGUUGUAGUAUCUGUCAACACCUUUUUAGCUGUAUCUGUUCUAUGCUCUAUAGAGACCAUAGCUAGGCUCAAGAGGCGUAAACUCAUUGCACCAGUGCACACAAGCAUUUUGAUGGAGCUUAACAAGCUUGCCGUUAGUAUGGAUGCGUUCGGGGUCGUCGAGCAGGAAGUACGAGAAAGCCUCACUGCAUAUACUAAAGCGAACCUCAGGGUUGCCACAUCUCCUGCAGCAUUCAUGCAGUUUCUCCAGUCUUUCCUAACUACUGAACUCAUCGCCAUAAUACUCUCCCAGCUCCUCACGUCUAUCCAGACCACUAUAGACGAGCUCAAUCCGUCCUCUAUCCUCUAUCUUCCCCUGUUAAUUCUUAAGGACAUACUUGUCGAGAAUGCUGCGGAUCCUCUUGCUAAGGCAAACAGCUUCAGUGCUUACAUUGUAGAGAUGGUCACGACCUUCUUUGACAACGUAAGCAGAGAAUUCACGGACCUGAUAGCGUCAAAGGCGGGCUUCCAACUCGCAUACUACACUCGUCCGCUAUUGUCUCUAAACUUCACCCGAUACUUUCCAUCGAUAGAUGAGAGCUUUGUUAACUCCAUUUACCUUAUGACCAAGACAAGGCUAAAUUGA